AUGGCCACCCCGACGCAUGAACAGCUCAAAACCCUCGAGCAAUCCCGCCAGCGAUUGGUCCAGCUCACGCGCUCCCUGGCGUCCCUUAUAGGAAGUCUAAAUCAAAGUGACCCUCUGCCAUCCUGGUCCUCCCUCCAAUCCCAAGCAAGCAUCAUCUCAAAUAACCUCCUCAGCGUCUCCGACCACCUCUCCGAUAACCGUGAUCUCUUGGCCUCCAUCGUCGCCUACCCGGGCCCCGACUAUCCGGGCCGGACGCAGGCCAACACGCUCGAACAGCUGCUUCGGACGAAACUCGACCCCCGCGUCGAAGACUGGGUUGCGCGCGGUCGCAAGGCCGGCGCGUCUGCGCUGGAGGAUACGUCGGGGCUGGCGGAGGCGGAGCUGGCGGAAUUGUGGGAUUGGGCGCCCGUGGAGGCGAAUCAGGAGGCGAGACGCAGGAAUUGGGGUGGAAAUUUUACGCUCGAGGAGAGGGAGAUGGGGGUGCAGAAUGUUGUUACGGGGUUGGUGAGGGUGUUAGAGGAUGAGGGGAGUGAGAGUGAGGAGGAGGAGGAGGAGGAGGAGGAAGGGGAGGAGGAUGAGAUGGAGAUUGUCGGUGUUAGGAGGCAGUCUGCUGGGGCUGGGUUUGAGUUUGAUAUUGCGCCUGCGCAGCACCACCAGCAGAAGUUUAUGGAGCCUGCGGUGCCGUUGGAGGAUAUUUUGAGGUUUAUGACCACUGGAGCGGAGCCUGGGAAAAGGUAA